AUGGCCCCUGGUCACCCCGCAGACGCAAUAGUUCCCACGUAUGAAGUGUUCGCGCUGAGACAUAGUGUUCGCAGUCAAGACCUUACACCCGAUGAGCGCGCACGUGCCAAGUCGGACAUGCUCAAAUUAAUAGACCAAGAUAACAUGGUGGUGUUCUAUGAACGAGUGUGUUCGGAGUUCGACUGGUCUGUUGAUACGAACUUAGUGUCUAAAAUGAAGGCGGAGAACACCAAGAAUUUGAAGGAACUGCAAGACGCGAUCACUGAGGCUGAAAAACAAUAUGGGGACGUCGAAAUAAAGGAUGGUAAACUGGCUAUCGCCCAUCAUUACUGCCGAAUUGGAGAUUGGCAAACGGCCCAGGAGAGGUAUGAGGAUUUGUUGGAUGCAAAGGCCUUGGAUAGCACGUCCAAGGUUAAUAUUUAUCUCACGUUGAUGAGAAUUGCAUUAUUCGAGAAAGAUGUAACCAAGUGUCAGGAAUGGCUUGACAAAGCGGAAAAACAAUUCGAGGUGGCAGGGGACUGGGAGACUCGGAAUCGAGUGAGAGUCUACGAGGCCAUGCAUCUCGCACAAAACCUACGCAAAUUUGAAAAGGCUGCAGAACUACUUAUCUCAUCCCUGGCAACCUUCACAGCCUCCGAACUUCUGUCAUUCGAACACUUCGUCACACUCACUGUCCUUCUCAGUGCAGCAUCACUAGAAAGACCCAUACUAAAACAGAAUGUUCAAAGGUCACCUGAAGUUUUGCAAGUACUGGCUGGCAAGUCAAGACUCGCUACCUUCUUCAACUCGCUUAUG